ACUUAUAAUAACUUUCGGCAGGACUUGGACGAUGAUGACCACCACGGCGCGGCUUGUUGUUGUUGUGGUUGUGCUGGCAGGCACCUGCCUGUGCGGCACUGUUGUGCCGGUGAGUGGUGGUGAUGAGGAGUGUGUGGCGGACGUGAGGCCAUUCGAAACGACUGCGCUGCCACUAUGGCUCAAAGCCCACACCACAUCGUCGCACAAUUGCACCGGCGACCCGUGUGCAUGCCGCGGUGAGUUUGGGUUCAACACAAAGGACCAGCACACCACGCUGUACGGCAGCGCUGACGUGGCGCACUUACUCCAGUUUGUGGGCCAGCUCUCUGAGUGCACACCUCAACAAAUCGAAGACUGGGCAACCACCAUCCAAGGCUUCCAGAACACGACUGGGUUCUACGAGCUGACACCGGGCGAGUUCACGACGGGAUUUCAGCCAUGGCACUCCACGGGCUACGCUGCCUCUGCCCUCGCCCUCCUCGGCGCCGCACCCAGGUACAGGAACCAGGUGUACCACGAGUUUGCCAACAACACCAAGGAGUGGCUGCCAACAUAUGAGGCGCUCCUGCAUGCCUUUCCUUCAGCAGGGUGCGACAGCGUGCACUCGUGUGCUCACAAGAUGGUGGCCAUUCCCGCAGUCCUGGCGCUUGAAAGCGGAACGAAAUCUGAGCCCGUUCUCGACUUUCUCAACUGGUGGUUCGUGUGGCUGACAGAGAACAUGGAUCCGACAACAGGCACACUCUGCCCACCACUGCAGCGCGACAUACAUGGCCCUGGUGUGUGUUUGGGCGCUGGUGCCGCUGUUCACUUUCUCCUCAACUUCCAGCAGAGGUACCCGUGGCCCUAUGCUGAGCAGCUGUGGCCCUUUGCACGCAGUUUACAGCAGGACAACGGGUUUUGGAGUGCACCAACAUCGUGGUUGAAUCUCGAUGGCAUCUUCCAGAUGACGCGGAGCCCGUGGGACACGCCGCUGAACAACACACAGGGGACACGGGCUGCGUGUGUGAAGUUUGCGACUGCUGCUGCUGCUCUUCUCAAUGACAAGAGCACAAUUCUCUCCCCACCGCUCAUCAACUCCACGCACUUCCUUCCAGGCCUCACUGGUGCACUGGGCGAGUGCGAGCGGGCGUUUCCAGGCAUGCUGUGCUCCCACCGCAAGUGGUCGUGUUGCGCGCCCUUUCCCUGAAUACGUUGUUGCUUCCUUCCCGUCACAUGUGACGUUCUUUGUUUCUAUUCGCUCUCGAGCACGCACACAGGCAUUGACAGCACGUGUUGCUAAACCAUGCGAAGAGUUGCGACAGUAACAACCACAGCACUCAA